AUGGGUUCGCAGAUUGGAGACCCCGAUGAGAUUACUGUGCUUGUCACAGGUUUUGGUCCGUUCAGGGAACAGUAUCCCAUUAACCCCUCAUGGGAAAUCGCCAACAGCUUGCCUUCAUAUCUUCCUCCGCUACGAGCCAAGGACCCUAACUCGAGGCAUGCGGCUGUUGUUCUGCCAAAGGUACGCAUAGUGGUGCACCCUGAGGCUAUCCGUGUCAAUUACCGGGUUGUGAGAGGCCUUGUGCCAUCGUUCCAUGACACGCCACAGAAGUUUGACAUUGUCAUUCACAUUGGAAUGGCUGGUCCUCGACCAUUCUACUCCAUCGAGAGGAGAGGUCACCGUGAUGGGUACAAGCAUCCGGAUGUCGAUGGUGAAUACAUAGAUGGAGAAGAAGAGAGAGAAAGGAAUGACUGGCCGUGGCGAGGCCUUCCAGAGGAGAUUGAGACGGAGCUGAAUCUCAAUGAAAUACUCCCUCUGUGGCAGGGGCACAGUUCGAAAGCACAGGAGGCGGAUCUGCGCAUAUCAGAAGAUGCAGGUCACUUUAUGUGCGACUUUAUCUACUACUCAAGUCUCUCUGAGCUGUGGAAACUGCAGAGACCCAGAAAGGCGUUGUUUCUUCAUGUCCCAGCCGAUGCUUCGCCUACGAGUAUUGCCAAGGGGAGGGAACUGACAUUGAACCUCAUUCGAUCAGUUGUUGAGAGUGAAAUGAUUGACAAGAACAAGCUUCUGUCAGAAUACUCACCCCCAAAAAUGUGUAAAAAGGCUACCUGCGGAACCUGCAAGAAGACCUCCUGGUGGGGUUGUGGCAGCCAUAUUCAGUCCGUUAUCGACAACGUCCCUGAGGCUGAGCGUUGCGAGUGCGAGCCCAAGGUUGACGUUGGCGGUGCUUCAUACCCGCCUAUGGCUGCGUCUCCCAACUGA